CCCGCUCUCCAAUUAAAGCGGUCCGGCUGCGCCCGGCUGCACACAGAGUUCCCCCCGGACCGCGAACUUGGCCAUUCAGCCGCCUCUGUCCCCGCUGUGUGCCCUCGCGCCUCUGCCUGAGAAGCCAGGCGCUGUUCCUCCACCCCAGAAGAGGAUGGCAAAGGUGACUAAGGACCUCAACCCAGCAGUUAAAAAGAUGUCCCUGGGCCAGCUGCAGUCAGCAAGAGGUGUGGCAUGUUUGGGAUGCAAGGGGACGUGUUCAGGCUUCGAGCCACAUUCAUGGAGGGUAGAAGCUGCUAGCAGGAGAAUCUGCCUCUCUUUCCUGAAUGUUAAUCUCACUCGUCCUCAUCCACCCACCCCCAGGAAAAUAUGCAAGUCUUGCAAAUGCAGCCAAGAGGACCACUGCCUAACCUCUGACCUAGAAGACGAUCGGAAAAUUGGCCGCUUGCUGAUGGACUCCAAGUAUUCCACCCUCACUGCCCGGGUGAAAGGCGGGGACGGCAUCCGGAUUUACAAGAGGAAUCGGAUGAUCAUGACCAACCCUAUUGCCACUGGGAAAGAUCCCACUUUUGACACCAUCACCUACGAGUGGGCUCCUCCUGGAGUCACCCAAAAACUGGGCCUGCAGUACAUGGAGCUCAUCCCCAAGGAGAAGCAGCCAGUGACAGGCACUGAGGGCGCCUAUUACCGCCGCCGCCAGCUCAUGCAUCAACUCCCCAUCUAUGACCAGGAUCCCUCACGCUGCCGUGGACUUUUGGAGAAUGAGUUGAAACUGAUGGAAGAAUUUGUCAAGCAAUAUAAGAGCGAAGCCCUCGGCGUGGGAGAAGUGGCCCUCCCAGGGCAAGGUGGCUUGCCCAAGGAGGAGGGGAAGCAACAGGAAAAGCCAGAGGGGGCAGAGACCAUUGCCCCUACCACUAACGGUAGCCUCAGUGACCCGUCCAAAGAAGUGGAAUACGUCUGUGAGCUCUGCAAGGGAGUGGCCCCUCCUGACAGCCCUGUGGUCUACUCGGACAGGGCAGGCUACAGCAAGCAGUGGCACCCCACCUGCUUUGUGUGUGCCAAGUGCUCUGAGCCACUAGUGGACCUCAUCUACUUCUGGAAGGAUGGUGCACCCUGGUGCGGCCGCCAUUACUGCGAGAGUCUGCGGCCCCGGUGCUCCGGCUGUGAUGAGAUAAUAUUCUCCGAGGACUACCAGCGCGUGGAAGACCUGGCCUGGCACCGAAAGCACUUUGUCUGUGAGGGCUGUGAGCAGCUGCUGAGUGGCCGGGCGUACAUCGUCACCAAGGGUCAGCUUCUGUGCCCAACCUGCAGCAAGUCCAAACGCUCCUGAAGGGCUGCCCACCCACAGCCAGAAUCCACAAGAUCCCACCAAGAAGGAGAACCAGGUGUACUGAGACCAUCCUAAGGGUCUGACGUGACAGUGAGCAAGUGACAUAAACAGUGAUUUGCUUUUCAGUGAGAAUAUAUAUAUAUAUUCUAGGUUGGGUGGUGGUAGAUCUUUGUGGGUCAGUAGUUUCAAAACCAGAAAUAUUCUAAGAAAUCUUAGGAUGGAGUUCUUUUUCUUUCUGUUGUUGUUUCCCAGCUACAACCAACUAAAGACACAAAUGGCGUUCUGCAAGGGCGUUCUGGGAGUAGUUUUCCAGAAUGCAAUUCUAAGUGAUCAAAUUGCAUAGCUAUAGAAUGUGCGUGCUUUUUUGUGGACAUGGGAGCUCCACCAGGAGCAGGCUGGGAUCCCAACUAUCGCUUGUUUCCUCUUUUUCAAGUGGAAUUUGAAUUUUAAAUAAACAACUUUUUGGCAUGAUAA